ACAGAGCAAACUCUCUCCUCUCCUGACUGGUUCACUCGCCUCAUCAAACUAACCAUCCUCGGGGAAACACACUUUUAUGCACGCACGCGCGUACACACACACACACAUUGAAGCUCCGCUCAGCAGCAGCAGGGAGUGAACAGCCAGUUUGCGACUUAUCCCCGCCAUUCCCCGGUUACAGUAACUUCCUCAGCAUCUCCCGGCCUCUGCAGAGAGAGAGAGAGCACCGACCGACAACCCAACUGGAAACCGGCCCCACGGCUCUAUAGUAACGGACUGACCGACCACUAAAUCCCGGAGAAGGGAAUCUAGUGCUCAACAUCCCGUCAUCGCCGGUAGAAUAUACUUCAGACUGCGGAUUUAAGCCGUCACAUUGGCCAGUUGUCCAUUUGGACGGAGCGAGAGAACUGGUAGUGCGCAGUGUGAGAACACAACAGAAACCACUUGACGAGGAAAAGUCCCGGGCACUUCCCGGUAUUUUUAGGAAACAGAGGGACGCGUCUCACCUUACCGAAAUACCGACGCCGGUAGCCUAAAACGGAGCCGGUCUGAGCAACAGCUACCACCGGCAAAAAUCAGUGAGGUUGCCAGGGUAACCUCCCCCAGCCAAUCAGCAGUCAUGGAUGAGAUGGAUCUGCCCCAGAUGAAGAAGGAAGUGGAGAGUCUGAAAUACCAACUGGCUUUCAAGAGAGAGAAGUCCUCCAAGACAGUCACUGACAUGGUGAAGUGGAUCGAGGACGGGGUACCCGAGGACCCCUUCCUGAACCCUGAGCUCAUGAAGAACAACCCCUGGGUGGAAAAGGGAAAGUGUGUCCUGUUGUAGACGACCCCUGACCCUGCCAUGACCUCUGACCCCAGCCUGGUGGGGCAUGGCAGGACAGCACUCGUCCCCCCCCCCACCAUGAAUGUACAACAGCUGAUGUCCAGACCCCCCCUGCUAGUUUCAGCCACGUUGAUGCAUCACAGAUUACCUUUAAUAUUCAUGUUGAUGUUGAAUUGAAGUGUAUUUAUGCAGCCAGUCACUCACUCAGUCACUCAGUCACUCACUCAGUCACUCACUCAGUCAGUCACUCACUCAGUCACUCAGUCACUCACUCAGUCACUCAGUCACUCACUCAGUCACUCACUCACUCAGUCACUCACUCAGUCACUCACUCAGUCACUCACUCACUCAGUCACUCAGUCACUCACUCAGUCACUCAGUCACUCAGUCACUCACUCAGUCACUCAGUCACUCACUCAGUCACUCACUCACUCACUCAGCCAGUCAGCCAGUCAGUCAGCCAGUCAGCCAGUCAGUCAGUCAGUCAGUCAGCCAGUCAGUCAGCCAGUCAGCCAGUCAGCCAGCCAGCCAGCCAGUCAGUCAGUCAGCCAGUCAGUCAGUAAGCCAGUCAUCCAGUCAGACAGCCAGUCAGCUAGUCAGUCAGCCAGUCAGUCAGUCAGUCAGCCAGUCAGUCAGUAAGCCAGUCAUCCAGUCAGACAGCCAGUCAGCUAGUCAGUCAGCCAGUCAGCCAGUCAUUCAGCCAGUCAGUCAGCCAGCCAGUCAGUCAGUCAGUCAGCCAGUCAGUCAGUAAGCCAGUCAUCCAGUCAGACAGCCAGUCAGCUAGUCAGUCAGCCAGCCAGUCAGUCAGUCAGUCAGCCAGUCAAUCAGUCAGCCAGUCUACACCAUCCUCUAGGUCCAUUAGAACAGAAUGUGUCCAGUCAGUUAGCGUUGAGGACACGGACUGGAGAGGAUGUUGGAUUCACCCAGUCAGUCAGCCAGUCAGUCAGUCAGCCAGUCAGUCAGUCAGUCAGCCAGUCAAUCAGUCAGCCAGUCUACACCAUCCUCUAGGUCCAUUAGAACAGAAUGUGUCCAGUCAGUUAGCGAUGAGGACACGGACUGGAGAGGAUGUUGGAUUCACCCAGUCAGUCAGCCAGUCAGUCAGUCAGUCAGCCAGUCAAUCAGUCAGCCAGUCUACACCAUCCUCUAGGUCCAUUAGAACAGAAUGUGUCCAGUCAGUUAGCGAUGAGGACACGGACUGGAGAGGACGUUGGAUUCACCCAGUCAGUCAGCCAGUCAGUCAGUUAGCGAUGAGGACACGGACUGGAGAGGAUGUUGGAUUCACCCAGUCAGUCAGCCAGUCAGCCAGUCAGUCAGUCAGUCAGUUAGCGAUGAGGACACGGACUGGAGAGGACGUUGGAUUCACCCAGUCAGUCAGCCAGUCAGUCAGUCAGCCAGUCAGUCAGUUAGCGAUGAGGACACGGACUGGAGAGGACGUUGGAUUCACCCAGUCAGUCAGCCAGUCAGCCAGUCAGCCAGUCAGUCAGUUAGCGAUGAGGACACGGACUGGAGAGGACGUUGGAUUCACCCAGUCAGUCAGCCAGUCAGCCAGUCAGCCAGUCAGUCAGUUAGCGAUGAGGACACGGACUGGAGAGGACGUUGGAUUCACCCAGUCAGUCAGCCAGUCAGCCAGUCAGCCAGUCAGCCAGUCAGUCAGUUAGCGAUGAGGACACGGACUGGAGAGGACGUUGGAUUCACCCAGUCAGUCAGCCAGUCAGUCAGUCAGCCAGUCAGUCAGUUAGCGUUGAGGACACGGACUGGAGAGGAUGUUGGAUUCACCCAGUCAGCCAGUCAGUCAGUCAGUCAGUCAGCCAGUCAGUCAG